GUGUUAUAUCCGAAACGUACGAAAUAUAGUAAAUCUCGUAAAGGCAGAUGUAGUAGGGGUUGCAAACCAGACGGUACACAACUUGGUUUUGGAAGAUAUGGCACUCAAAGUUGUAGAGCUGGUCGUCUUUCAUAUCGAGCCAUUGAAGCAGCGCGUAGGGCUAUAAUCGGACAAUUCCAUCGUGCUAUGAGCGGACAAUCCCGAAGAAAUGGUCAAAUAUGGGUCAGAGUUCUAGCAGAUCUCCCCAUUACCGGGAAACCUACAGAAGUCAGAAUGGGAAGAGGAAAAGGAAAUCCUACGGGUUGGGUUGCUCGUGUGUCCACGGGACAAAUCCCAUUUGAAAUAGAUGGUGUGAGUUUGUCAAAUGCUCGACAAGCCACUACAUUAGCGGCGCAUAAACCAUGUUCGUCAACCAAGUUUGUUCAGUGGUCGUAA